AAAGCAAAUGUAGUAUAGAAACGCUCGGUAAGAAGUAAGAAGGAACUGUACCCCAGCUAAUACCAAAAUAAGAUUUAUUGAAUUGCUCGUCGACAAUGGAUAUUCUUUGCAAGUAUUUGUCAAAUAUACGUAUACCCUGUGAUAAACAGCCUAUAUAUAAAGAUGAGUGCGUUUAUUCUUUUGAUACUCCGGAGACAUCGACGGGAUUGUACGUCAACUUGACCACAUUCUUAGGCUUUGGUGAAAAUUAUGUUUUGAAAUAUGCAGAGAAAACGGGGAACAAAGUUUUCUUGCAUAUUCGGAGAGAGAAAUUCGCAAAGGAUAAUACUAUGGAAACAAAUAAAGAAGAAACGGGACCAAAAUCCAAGAUUACGCGUCUAGCAAUUGGCAUCGAAGGUGGUUUUAAUAACAAUGAAACUACGAAGUAUGAAUAUAAAGACACCUACAGCAUUGUGGUCAUGCCCGAUAUAAAAACAAAGAUGCCAUACCCUAGUCCUGAAUUACCAAUGAUCGUAAACCAAUCGGUGGAAGCAGUUUUGGCCCAAGAUUCUGCCAUUAUGAAAUUGCAGAAAGAAGCUUUAACAGGAUCAUGGGAUGGUGAAAUAAGGCAAAUCUCCAAGUAUUCGGAUGAAUUAAAGCAACUUGAUAACGGUAGGAAGAUACCACCUUCUGGAUGGAAAUGUGAAAAAUGUGACUUAACGAGUAAUCUUUGGCUAAAUCUUACUGAUGGCUCGAUUCUUUGCGGAAGGAAAUUUUUUGAUGGCUCUGGAGGCAAUGACCAUGCGGUACAACAUUACCAAGAAUUUGGAUAUCCUUUAGCGGUAAAAUUGGGAACUAUUACGGCAGACGGUAAAUCGGAUGUAUUUUCCUAUCCGGAAGAUGAUAUGGUAAUAGAUACUAAAUUGGCCGAGCAUUUAUCACAUUUCGGAAUUAACAUGGCGGCUAUGAAAAAGUCGGAGAAAUCAAUGGUAGAAUUGGAGUUAGAAAUAAAUCAACGAAUUGGUGAGUGGUCGCUGUUAACGGAGAGUGAAAGUACUCUGCAGCCUUUGGCUGGACCAGGUUACACGGGAAUGCGUAAUUUGGGGAACUCAUGUUACAUCAACAGUGUAAUGCAAGUCCUGUUUACUGUGCCAGACUUUAUUAAACGCUUUGUGGGAAAAGGUGCGGAAACUUAUUUUGGUGAAUUUCCACUUGAUCCGGCCAAUGAUUUUAAUAUUCAAAUGGCAAAGUUAGGAAAUGGGCUUUGGUCUGGAAAGUAUAGUUCGAUUACGCAAAACACGUUAGAUGAAUCUCUGGGUAUUUCGCCAGCCAUGUUCAAAAACGUAGUGGGUAAAAAUCAUCCUGAUUUUGGUACAAAGCAACAGCAAGAUGCUUACGACUUCUAUUUAUAUCUAAUUAAUCUUCUCGAGCGGCACUCACGGAAUGAGUUCAACCCUGCUGAAGCGUUAACAUUUGCUAUCGAAGAACGAGUAGAAUGCUUGACAAGUAAGAAGGUUAAAUACACGAGACGUGAUGAAUAUUGCUUACCUCUCCCGAUUCCAUUGGAAAAGGCCACCAACCUUGACGAGGUCACAGAUUAUUUAGAGAAGAAAUCUACGUCAGCAAUUGGGAAAGAGGGCGACAAAGACAUUAUAAGGCACAAUAUCCCUUUACAUGAAUGUUUAGAACGUUUCUUUUCUUCCGAGCAUAUUGAACAAUACUACUCAACUGCCAUCAAGGAUACAACUUCUGCCAAGAAAUCCUCGAGACUUGUCAACAUGCCAGAUUACCUCAUGAUGCAUUUGCGCAAGUUCACUUUAGGCGACGAUUGGGUGCCAAAAAAAUUAGAUGUUUCCGUUCAAAUGCCUGACGAUUUGGAUAUGUCUAAAUGGCGGGCUCUUGGAAAACAACCGAACGAAGAAGAACUGCCCGAAAUCGAUUUAAUUAAAAACGUCAAUUUCACAUUUGAUGAAAACAUGGUGAGUUCAUUAAUGCAAAUGGGUUUUCCACAAGAAGCUUGCAAAAGAGCUGUGUUUCACACUAAGAACGGUGGCAUAGAUGUUGCAUCGGAUUGGCUCAUGGAGCAUAUUGGGGACUCCGAUUUCUCUGAACCAUUUGUGGUGCCGGAUUGCGAGACCGGAAAUAUCGCUGGCAAAAUGAAAAGUAAUUUCGUUCCUAAUCCUGAAAGCCUAGCUUUAUUAAUGAGUAUGGGUUUCGACGAACUUAAAGCUACCAAAGCUCUUAAAGCUACGAACGGUAACUUAGAGCGUGCAACAGAUUGGAUCUUUUCGCAUAUCGACGACAUGGACGUUGAUGAUACGGACACUUCCACCAGUUCGGGAAAUCAAAACCAGAAAAUUUAUCGGGACGGCAUUGGAAAAUAUAAACUAGUCGCAUUUAUUUCUCAUAUGGGAACUUCAGCUCAAGUUGGUCAUUACGUGUGUCAUAUUCGUAAAGACGGACAAUGGGUCAUUUUUAAUGACAGUAAAGUGGCAUUGUCUCAAAAACCACCGAAAGACUUGGGCUAUUUAUAUAUGUACAAGCGUGAGGAGUAAAAAUAUAAAAAUGAAAUACCAAAUACGAGUCCGCAAAAAUGU